AGUUAGGCUGAGUUAGUUCUGUCACUAGGUCUGCAGUUCCCAGCCUCUCAGGGACAUAAAAUUUCAGGGGUGGAGGUGAGGUGGAGGAAUCCACCAUACAUCCCUGCACCCUUGAAGAAUUUCAGUCUGGGGUCCAGGCACCCUACAGCACCCCCUCUGUAAUCCUCUGAGCUCCCACCCUCACUCGUGUCUCUGGGAGGCUCUGAGGCAAAGGGGUGUGGCCCCCGUGGGGUGGGGUGGGGUUGAGACACUGGCCAUAGAGCCACCUGUGUGACACAGGAGCUCGGCUAUAUACCCUCUGCCAGCCAGGCCAAGGGAGAGGAGAUCCAGGGACCCGCCUUGCCCGCACUGCCUCUUGUGAUAGGAGAGAGUCAUGAACCCCGAGUCUCUGCUCCCCUAUCACACAGCCCACAGCCGCUCCGCAGUGGGCAUGUUCAACAAGGCCAUGGGGAAACUACAGAGACACCUGCACAAGGGGGAGUAUGACAUCUUCAAGUACGCGCCUAUAUUUGAGAGCGACUUUAUCCAGAUCACCAAAAGGGGAGAAGUAAUCGAUGUGCACAACCGGGUCAGAAUGGUGACCGUGGGCAUCGCGUCCACCAGCCCCAUCCUCCCGCUACCGGACGUCAUGCUGCUGGCCCGACCGGCCACCGGCUGUGAAGAGCAUGGCGGGCGUGGCCAGGCCACCAAGGGAAAAGGCCGCAAGGCUACCAAGACCUUAGAGCUCACCAGGCUCCUUCCCUUGAAGUUCGUGAGGAUCUCCAUUCACAACCGCGAGAAACAACAGCUGCGCCUCAAGUUCGCCACCGGCCGCUCGUGCUACCUGCAGCUGUGCCCCGCUCUGGACACACGGGAAGACCUCUUCACCUACUGGGAAAAGCUCGUGUACCUCCUGCGACCACCAGUGGACAGCAACAGCAGUACCUACGCCCUCCCAGCGGACAUGCUUUGCAUGCCUGUGUUUGAGGAAGAGGACAAGAGGAGCCCAGCAGGGGCGGAUUUCCAAGGAAAGGGCCAUCAGGAUCAGGUCAGCAUCAGGAGCCUCCACGUGGUCUCCGAGGUGGCCGGGGCCACCUCUGCAGCUUUUGCAGGUGGGGAGGGGACCCGUCAGGCCUCCCACAAACCCGACGCAGCCGCCGCCACCCCAAAACCUGCAGAGCUCCACAGGGAGUCGGCGGCAGAGCCACACGUAGAGCUGGCGGCGGCCGUGGCAGCGCGGGAGGCGGCGGGGGCGGCAGCGGUGGUGACAGGAGGGACGGCCGUGGGGUUCGCAGCAGGGAUCGCAGCGGACACCGCGGCAGGCGCUUUGAGCGUGGCCUUGACCAAGUCAGCCGCCCCGGAUCGGCUAGGCGCGGCCGUAGCAGGUGCAGCCACCGCGGGGCCGGGAGGAAGCAGGACCAACCUAGCCAUUGCGGGCACCGCCAACCUCUCCCCGGAGAGCAGGAACCUGGCCUUGGCAGGUGCCGCGAAGAUCCCCGGGUUUACUUCCGGCUCGCCGACCAGCCUCUCCCAGCGGGCCCGCAGGACCCCGACCUUCGCAGGGACAGAGGGCGCCCGCAAGACUGUGGCGGGAAACGUGGAGAGAGCGCUCCUCUCCGACGCGCAGAGCGGAGGCGCGGAGGGUGAGCAGGCGGGAAGGCAGCCGCGCCAGGGCCGGAGGGAGCGCAGGGACAAGGAGCGAACCUUUCGGGGCUCCCGUCGCCGCGGGGCAGCCGACACGCGCCACAAGGCCGGGGGGGACAAGACCAACCGGAAAGCCUCCGGGCGGUCCUUAGCCGGCCACAGAGCCGCGAGGGAGGACAAGGACAAGGCCCGCGGCAGCCCGGGGGGCGGGAGGCGAGCCCCCCACAAAGGCAUCGGCCACGCGCCCAUCCCCAAGGAGUCCAGGGCCUCCCACAAAUCGGGGCGGAGCUUAUCCACCGCCAGCUGGGGGUUAGCCACCAAGAGGCUGGGCAGGAUCGGGUUGUUCCUGAGGAACGUCAAAGCCAACCUUACUACCAGGACCACGGGCUCCCUACGCGGCAGAGACGUGGACGUGCUGCCUAAGGCGGUGGACAGGAGUGGGCUGGAGGCCAUCGAGGCCUCGGAGAACUGCCGGGGCCUGGAGAGCGCGGGGACAGGGACAUCUGACAUUAUGGAGACAGUGACCUUCGAAGCCCCUUAGUAGGGCUUUCCUCACAGCAGUUUAAAUAAAGAACCAUAUAAUCUGAGAAUGG